AGUCGUUACCAUAUUUUUAUCUGCCUACAAGGGUUCGUCCAAGCCCCAAGAAUGAUGAAACCCUAGCAAUUUCUCGACGACUUGCUUGCGCUGUAUUUGUUUCUUGUUUGAUGACGAUUAUUAUCCCGAAAACCCGAAAACCCUAACCUUCAGGAUUUUGUGAAGCAGUUUCUGUGUUGCAGAGGGAGAAGAAGAUAGGUUCAGGUGGACUGUGUUAAUGGUGGUCGUGGAAAUUGAAGGCAUGGAGAGAGAGAGAACCAGGAAACGCCCUCGCCUUGCUUGGGACGUCGCGCCUUGUGAACCAGAGCCGGCGGUGGCAGCUGUAGGCGGUAAUGAAGGAUCGGCUAGGCACGCCUCGCCUCCGAAGAGGGAUGAUGACCGAGAAGGGCAUUACGUGUUUAAUCUCGGCGAGAAUCUGACACCGAGAUAUAAAAUACUUAGCAAGAUGGGUGAAGGCACAUUUGGCCGAGUUUUGGAAUGUUGGGACCGUCAAACACGAGAGUUUGUGGCAAUCAAGGUGGUUCGAAGCACGCGGAAGUACCGUGAUGCAGCAAUGAUCGAAGUUGAUAUACUUCAACAUCUUGCUAAGAAUGAUAUUGGAAGUUUACGCUGUGUGCAGAUUCAAAACUGGUUUGAUUAUCGCAAUCACAUAUGUAUUGUGUUUGAGAAGCUUGGACCAAGUUUAUUUGAUUUUCUAAAGAGAAAUAAAUACUGCCCAUUUCCUGUGGAUCUUGUUCGGGAAUUUGGACGUCAGCUUUUGGAAUCUGUAGCAUAUAUGCAUGAUUUACAUUUAAUCCACACUGACCUGAAGCCAGAAAAUAUACUUCUUGUGUCAUCUGAGUAUGUAAAGCUUCCUGGCAAGAGGAUCUCUUCAGAUGAAAUGCAUUUCAGGUGCUUGCCAAAGUCAAGUGCCAUUAAGCUGAUUGAUUUUGGUAGUACUGCAUUUGAUAGUCAGAACCAUAGCUCCAUUGUUUCUACCAGGCAUUACAGAGCACCUGAGGUUAUUCUAGGUCUUGGAUGGUCUUAUCCGUGUGAUUUAUGGAGUGUUGGUUGCAUACUUGUUGAACUUUGCUCGGGAGAAGCACUUUUUCAGACUCAUGAAAAUUUAGAGCAUUUGGCAAUGAUGGAGAGGGUAUUGGGACCUCUGCCAGAGCAUAUGAUUCGAAGGGCCAACCGAGGCGCUGAAAAGUAUUUCAGGCGAGGAUAUCGAUUAAAUUGGCCUGAAGGAGCGGUUUCAAGGGAGAGUAUUAGAGCUGUGAAAAAACUCGACAGAUUGAAGGAUAUGAUAUCGCAACGGGUAGACCGGUCGAGAUCCUUGCUCACGGAGUUGCUGUUUGGUCUUUUGAAGUUUGAUCCAUCAGAACGUCUCACAGCGCGGCAAGCCCUCAAUCAUCCCUUCUUUAAGAAUCCAACUUAGGGGGAAACAACGAAAAUGAAAUCACCUUUGACACUUGCGGGUGUUGAUGUGAUACGCCUGUGCAAAGAUCCAUCAGGCUGUACAGAGGGCUCUAACCUUAUGGUUGAGCUUUCUGCUUGUAAUUUUUUGUACAUUUAGCUUAGUGCAAUAUUUAUCCAAUCCCAAUGAGUUUUGCUCU